GUUGCCUUAAUCACUUGGAUAUAAAUAACGAUGAAAAAAAUGCAAGAAGGGGCUACCAUUCAUCUUCAGAUCUCUGACAACAGAUACCACCUGAUAAGAAAAAAUAGCAUGGUAUGAGAGGUGAAAGAAGUGAGAUCCGUUUCUAGUCCAACUUAGGUACUGUCUUUUUUAUGUUUCCACAACAACCAAUGAGACGGAGGGCGAUUGAAAUGGGAGGGGGGAUAGUAACCGAGGCAGGGUCUGUAAGCUCCACUACAACGUUGUUUCAAUACCGUUUCAGGAAAACUAAAAAAAAAAGGACUCUGGAAAAAUCCGCAGGAACAGUAAUUCUGCGAAGUGUUCUCUCCCGAUGAGGCUCCGUCUCUCCGCUGUCUGCCCCCCAUAUCGGAAAAAUACCCAUUUUUUCGUCUUUGACUCUUCCACAGCAAUCUAAUCUAACCACCGCCUUUCUCAAAUUUUUGUUUCCAUGGCUGACGGUCUGCCCAACCCCGGAUCUCCACCGUCAUCUGCUGACAAGGUAACCCACCAAGAUAACCAACACCUUGUCGUGCCGUCCACAGACACCACCACCACUACACCACCGGACAACGCAACCAACUCAUCCGACACCGCGGCUAAACCGGUUGCCGUGGCAAAGCCCGUUUCUAAAAGCGAUGGUGUGCAAGCCAGUAAAUGGGCCAGCGUACCGAGCACGCCUUCGAAACCAUCGUUCAACAGGUCAUCAUCCCCUUCUUCCGGUUCCGUCAGCAAAUGGUCAAGCGAGGGACAAGGGACAGCUUCUAGUCGUUGGGCCACCACCGGAUCUACCUCCAACUAUCGAUCCCAUUUUGAUCACGAACCACGAUUCAAUCGCAACCCUUACGAAGGACGACUGAACCGAGACUCAUAUGAUGGACGAUUGAAUAGAAGCACAGUGGAAGGACGGCUAAACAGGAGUACAGUGGAAGGACGACUGAAUCGCGACUCGUUUGAUGGACGUUUGAACAGAAGCUCAGUGGAAGGACGGUUGAAUCGGGAUACAAUUGAGGGACGAUUGAAUCGUGACGCUUUGGUUGACCAUGAGCAGCCCAGUUGGAGAUCGCACCCUGACAGAGAAAGUCGACCCUUGAACAAGGAGGAUAGCCGAUGGGAGAGAGGUGUGGGUUUGGAGCCUUCAGAACCGGUUCAACGGAAUGACGAACCUGAUACCUGGCGUGCGCGUCCUGUGCGUCCAAACCAUGUGACCCAGGAAACGACGGCGGAUCGUAUCCAUGGCGUGCAUCAUGAGACGCUUGCAAAUAAAGACGAUACACAAGUAACACAAGCGCGGCGUCCAUCAGCAACCAAUCGUAGCACUGUCAUUCAGUCUCCGUCGGGCACAGGUGUCGAUAACGAUAAGGAUGGAGCCGGGCAAUCGCUGGAGAAAUUAAAGGAUCUCUCUUUGGACGCCAACGCGAAACGGCCAUCUCAAGAUGACACCCUGAAAUCGAACCAUAUACCCGAUCAGCAAAAGGGUCCGGAUGCAAAACCCAACGUAACCAGUCCGCCAACCUACGAUAUCCCCCCUGGUCACUUGAAUUGGGCAGACAUGCUUGAAGACGACGAUGAAGAGUUGGAAAUCACCUUCGAUGACGAUGAACCCAUCAAGGAGGCAUCUGCUCCUCAUGAACCAGCGGUAGCAUCACAGACGAUGGCUGAACCCGAUACGACGGCUGAAGCAGAGACCCCGGUUGAACCAGAAACCACGGCUGAACCAGAAGCGACGGUUGAUCAAUUGGACAAGGUGGUUGAAGAGCCAGACAAAGCAGCACAACUGUCGGAUCAGAUCGUUGAAGAAGCAGCAACACCAGUUCAAAAGCCGGAGAUAACUUCUAAAGAAUCGGAAACGAUGGUUGGACCAGAGAAACCAGCUGAACAAUUGCAAGGGAUCCAAGAGAAACCGGUUGAGGUAGUCGACAGCGUUGGGACAGCUAGUGACUCCGAGGCAAUCGAUCCUUCCAAGACAGUGGCCGAACCUGAAACGGUGAUGGAAGCAUCAGCCACGGUUGUCCAUGAGACCGCGUCACCGCCCGUUCACCAAGGAGAAAAACCUGUUCACAAGUUGCCUCCAGCUUGGCAGCAGCAGUUACCAGUUCCUCAGCAAGACCAUGCGAACGAGUGGAAACAAUUGGCAGAAGCAGCGAGACGUCAAGAUCAUACGCCAACAUCGUUACCCAAGACUUCCUCCGUUUCACCAGUAUCUUCGUCUACAACAGCACCCUCCCAGCCUGACAGUGUUCGGAGCUGGCAUGAUUUUGCAGCUGCUGCAGCCGCCAAACGAGAGAUGAAGCGCGAACAUUAUCCAUCCACCACCAUGCAAACCCCGCAGCCAUCGCCCAAACCUGUUAAUGUUCAACCCGAGAUGAAGCGAGCGCCUCCUCCAUCACCCAUCACGAACACAUUCGAGUCAUCGCCGCGAUCUGGUACUGCUCCUGCUCCUCCUCCAGUUCCAGUUCCAGCUGCAAAGCAGCACCACUGGGACGCCAGUCUGUCGCCAGCAGUUCCUCAAGAAGGUUCUCCGACGUUAUCCGUAUCCGCUGGUCAUCCUGUCAUCAGGCUCGUUGAGACACAGAAUGAUGAACCAUCGUCUUUGCAGUGGAACACGAUGGAUAUGUCGAAACAAACGGAAAAGACUCAAUCUGCGGGAAACACAGCUUUCGAUGACAUUGAGGAGCAGUGGAAGAAGACGCAGCAGCUUGGAUGGGGUUCCGUGCCGGCUGUCAGCGAACCGAUGCCAUCAGCACCGCCAACCACCCACCGACCUAUGCACGAAUCGACCCGCAUGCCUGUAUCAUCUACGCCGCAAACCGGUGGAUUCUAUCAUCACGAAGAAACACCGACUUCAAGGCCGAGACAACGACCUAGAAUUCAAAUGGGCAAUCACUUUAAACAACUGGAACGUCUGGUUGCCAAAGCAGCAAGGGAUAAUUCCUCUACCACGCGAGGAUAACUCCUCUCCCAAUUUUGGAAAGUCUGCCAUCAAUUUUGAACAUAUUCUUGUUUGUAUUCGCACAUUUUCAAACAGAAACAUACACUCACAAUUAGAUCCUACCCGAAAGAUCACAAUUUUGGCUCGAAGCAAUGGUGUUGUGCCAUGUUGGGUGUCUGUAUGUGUGUGUGGUUAGAUUAUUCCUGACGAGCUGAUCCUUUGAUUUUUGUUGCAGCCAUGAAAGGAACUUGCUUGUCAUUUAAUCCGUUACAUAAAUAAAUACUUGUAUAUUCUUGUCUC